AUCACAAAGCAGCACAGAGGUGGAGGAGUUUGCAUUCUCAACAGUGUAUGAUGUAUCAGCCACCAAUACGAGGCAGAAGAACAAAUUAUUUGAAACCAUGGGCAAUUGCCCUUAUUGUUUCAGGUGUUGUGUUGGUUCUUGCAAUGAUCAUCGGUCUCCUUGUUUAUUUUUUCGCAUUUGAUCAUAAAAAGUUGCACUAUUAUCAAACCUCCUUCCAGAUCCCAAGUAUUGAAUAUAAUCCUGAUUUUUUAGUAGAACACUCAAAAGUUAGGAUUGACUUAAAACAAAAAAUCAGUGAUGAGAUAGAUAAGAUAUUUCAAAGUUCCAGUUUAAAACAUGAUUACAUCGAGUCUCAUGUUGUCAACUUUAGGUCAAGUAAUGAUGGUUUGGAAACAGAUGUAGUGCUUAAAUUUCACCUUGUUUCUAGCAAUGCAGAAACAAUGAAAAGUCAAGCUGCUAACAUUUUGCAUCAGAGGUUAAAAUUAAAUGACAGCUUUUUGAAGAUAGAUACUUCAUUACCUUAUCUUAGAGAUAUAAAUAAAAUACAAGCAGAGCACAUUCUGAACAGUGGUUGUGGUUUGGGAAGGGAGUCUCCAUCCAUGGAAAAAAUUGCUGAUGGUUAUAUUGCAAGGAAAGCGGAUUGGCCGUGGCAAGCCAGCCUGCAAAUGGAGGGCAUCCAUUUCUGUGGGGCAACUUUGAUCAGUGAGGAGUGGCUCCUGACAGCCGCUCAUUGCUUUGACAAUUACAAAAACCCCAAACUCUGGAUGGCUAGUUUCGGAACAACUCUAAGCCAUCCACUAUUAAGAAGAAGGGUGCAGUCAAUUGUCAUUCAUGAAAACUAUGCUGCCCACAAGCACGAGGACGACGUCGCUCUGGUGAGACUCUCCACGCCUGUGCUCUUUUCCGACGAUGUGCACAGGGUCUGUCUCCCGGAUGCCACUUUUGAAGUCUUGCCUAAGGAUAAAGUGUUUGUCACUGGAUGGGGAGCAUUAAAAUCAAAUGGUCCCUUUCCCAACACUCUACGACAAGUUGAAAUAGAGAUCAUAAGUAAUGACAUAUGUAAUACAAUUAAUGUAUAUGGUGGGGCUGUGUCAUCAGGAAUGAUAUGUGCUGGAUUCUUGUCAGGAAAACUCGAUGCCUGUGAGGGUGACUCUGGGGGACCUCUGGUUACAGCACGUGCUAGAAACAUCUGGUAUCUUGUUGGAAUAGUAAGCUGGGGAAUAGACUGUGGUAAAGAAAACAAGCCUGGAAUUUAUACAAAAGUGACUUGUUAUCGGGACUGGAUUAAGUCUAAAACAAACAUCUAAUGCAACAACCAUCUACCUCCAAAAUGUAAAUGUCCUGUGUGGUCUCUAGCAAAUUGUGUCUAGUAUAUGUUGCCAUGUAUAAUGUCAUUGAGUUCAAGAUGCAAAUAGCAUGGUCUGAUAACUCUUCCCUUAGAUAUGAGGAAAAGGUAGGCUUUCUUUCACAUAAUCUGAAGUGUGUUGCUGACCAUGAACAUACAAGACACUGUCAACUCUUCAAAGAUCCACCAUUGCUGCUAAGUGUCUCUGAUGACCUCCUGCUCACCUUUCAGUCCCUACUACACACUUUUUAGUUUAGCACAAUCUAGCAGUGUAAGCAGGUAAGUACCAACUGGUGAAGCAUUUUCUAUUGCUGUCCUGACAGAACACACUGCCCUUCCCUGACUCCACAGUUUUUACCUUCCUCAUCAAAUAAUUCUCAUUGAGGAUCUGUAAGUCCACGUCCUAGACAAACUAAGGGAAUUAGUUUUGGCCAAUGCUAACACUGGAGGGGCACUAGAAAAGAAACUAGGAUUUAAGAGAUGGCACUAUUGUGAGUCCUUUGCCCUGAGAUGCAUUUUUAACCUCUCUUUGAAAUUUAAGAGAAAAAAGUGUCAUUUAUAUCCACACCCAACAUUGCAGAUUUUAAUUUCUUCGAACAACUACACCAAUCUUUACUUUGGGACAAUAACUAAAUACUUGGGUCAGACAGCAGGAGAACUGAAAAUAUUUUCCUUCAUUGGAUUUUGUUCUAAAGUAUGGAAAAAUGCCUUUUUGUAUUCAGAAAAUUUAAGUUUCUUGGCCCUUUUCGUAGGUGGGAAUAAGAAGAGGCAAGGACUGGGUGAGAAGGAGUUUUUUCUUCUCUAAAAGUGGGAGAAGUUCCAAUCCUGGUGUAAAUUAACAUUUUAGUUCUGUUUAAUAAUUUCCUAAUGCAGUUUAUUUUCUAAACAGUUUUAUUUUCAAUCAAUUUUGGAAUAAUUAAGAAACCCACAGAAUGAGAUGUCAAUAUAAAUGAGAUAUUCAUAAAUAACUUACACAAGAAGCCAAUAUAAAAUUAGACAUUCAUGGGUAAUUUGAUACAAGGUUCUGGGAGAGACCUUAUUGUAUAAUAUUUCAGUUUUCUGUUAAAAAGUUAGGCAAUCUUUGAAGAAUGGUAUUUAUAGACAAUAUUCAAUUAAUCAAGAAAACCUCUUUGAAAUGAUUCAAUUUUAUUCUAAGUCAUUUUCAUAUAUAUUUAAAUGCAUUUUUGUGGCACUGCACAUGACAUUACUAAUGUUCAACAAAACUCAAACUCUUUCUGUGCAUCUAAACCUUUAUUUACUCCCCGCUCCUUUUACAAUUAAUUUAGUUAAUGAAAUAACCGCCAAUGUUAAGAUUUUUUUAGUUUUAUAUCAAGGGAGAGUCUCUCUUGCCCACAUAA